AUGCAGUCCGGAAUCACAGCCUCUGCCGAGCUCCUCUCGACCUUUCAAAACAUUGUCUCAACUCCUUCUCUCCGGGGCCUCAUAGUCUCCAUCGAAAAAGAGACUCUUGUCCCGCGAGAGUUGCUCCUCUCUACUGGCAGCUUCGAAUCCGACCUCUCCCAGCUCGACGCGCUCCUUAAAGACAAUGAAGCUGCAUAUAUUAUUCUACGGCGCCGAGAGGACCCAGACCCAGCUCCUUUCAUCUCAAUUGCAUACGUGCCCGAUAGUGCCAAUGUGCGGCAGAAGAUGCUUUUCGCCAGCACAAGGAACACCUUGCUACGGGAACUGGGGACAGAAAGAUUUGGAGAGAGUAUUUUUGCCACGGUAAAGGAGGAGCUUACUGCAGAGGGAUUCAAGAGGCAUGAUGCGCAUGAGGCAAAGCCUGCGCCGUUGACGGAGGAGGAAAUGACGAUGGCCGCUGUCAAAGAGGCCGAGUAUGAAGCAUCUACUAGCACCAGUGCGAGAAAAUCUCACGUUAGUAGCGGGAUCAAGUUUCCUGUGAGCCAGGAGGCAAUUGAGGCGUUAACCAAUCUCCCGGGAGGCUUCAUCACCCUGGUGCAACUUGCGAUCAAUAAUGAAAAAGAGACUAUUGAGCUCGCAAAUGCUAGCUCCUCCGCCAUAAAUGACUUCACACACGUUAUCCCUGAUGACGCCCCACGUUAUUCCUUCUUCCGGUUCAACCACACGCAUGAAGGGCAGCAAGAAUCCCCCAUCGUCUUCAUAUACACCUGCCCCACCUCGUCUAAAAUCCGCGAAAAAAUGCUAUAUGCCUCUUGCCGCUCCAGCGUCGUCAACGCAGCAAUCAACGAGGCGCACCUAAACAUCGAGAAAAAACUUGAGGCUGCGAGCGCAACUGAGAUUGGUGAGGCCCAGCUGUUGGAGGAGUUCCAUCCGAAGGUGGAACAGAAGGCGAGCUUUAAAAGGCCGGCGAGACCCGGGAGGAGAUAG